UCCUGGCAUUGAUGCUCACUCACCAUGAGUAGGGAGACUGAUCCACUGGUUGUGGGAAGGGUGGUCGGGGAUGUGUUGGAUCCAUUCGCGAGAAGCGUCGCCCUCAGCGUGAGGUAUGGCUCCAGGGAAGUCGCAAACGGGCGCGAGUUUAAGCCCUCGCAGGUGGUGAAUCAACCCAGGGUUGAUGUCGGAGGCAAUGACCUGAGGACCUUCUACACUCUCGUCAUGGUGGAUCCUGAUGCGCCAAGUCCGAGCAAUCCAACACUAAGAGAAUACUUGCACUGGCUGGUGACAGACAUCCCUGCAACCACUGGAUCAAGCUUUGGGCAAGAGACGAUGUGCUACGAGAAUCCACGGCCGAGCUCCGGGAUCCACCGCCUGGUGUUCGUGCUGUUCCAGCAGCUCGGCCGCGGCACGGUGUUCGCCCCCGUGUGGCGCCAAAACUUCAACACCAGGGAGUUCGCCGAGCUCUACAACCUCGGCUCCCCCGUCGCCGCCGUCUACUACAACUGCCAAAGGGAGGCCGGCUCCGGCGGUAGGCGCAUGUACCUCUUCCAGAACUAGAUUCUGAUGUCUCAUUUCGUACACCUCCUCCAUGCUAGUAUCAAUAAAGCCAUUGGAUUGCAUGCUUGGUGGUGAACUGGAAUCAAAUUAUCCCUUCUUUGU